CUGAGGAAAAAGAAUGUAAGAUUUUCAUAAGUCUACAUCUUAUGUGCUGCCUGAUUUGAGUAUCCACUAGCCUCUCGCGAUUUUCAUAGACAAUCUUAUGACCGUCACGAUACAUUCAUAUGGUUAUAACUAAACUUUACUUAUGCAUUUGGUCCACUGUUGAUCGACUAUGGACUUCAUAAGAAAUUCUUAUGGAAUUCAUCUGUAAUUUUUAAUGGUUUUCGCUCAAGAUGAUAGUGUGAAAUUUUUUGACAUUUCAAGAUGGCGAAAGGACGGAUCGAGCAGACAAUUUUGAACGCUCGCGACUCCAAAUCGCCCGUAAUUAGUUCCGGUAACUUCUUUACAAAGCUGCCGCCGCCGCUAUGAGCUUCUGAUCGAACAAAUAAAUUUUCGUGUUUAACGCGACCUCCAAGACUCAGGUAUUUUUAGGCAACAUCAACGGCCGUUGGUUCCGCCGGCGGCCCCUCCUCAGCAUCCUCCAAAAAGAUCCGGAGAAUAACAUCGGUGAGGACAGUUCCGGCUGGUCCAAUGUUUUAGUUUGAUUGACGCGGUCAUGACAAAGGUGUAUUACAAUACGACGAACCCGAACCAGCUGGUCGGGACGAAGCUGCCCAGCAUCAAGAACGUACCGCUAUUGGCCUUCGGAUCGAUAGGACUCACGAACCUGGCGCACCUAACCCUGCUGGCGAGCACCCUUGGCCAGCACAAGCGACCGAUAUAUGCGAUCAAGUGGAACAAACGGACAACUACGCGGGUGUGGACAAACGACCAUCAUCUGAAACACGUCCACCGGCCAAUGCACGCAGAUGUUUAUCUUCCACUCGGUGAACCAGUCGUUUGCAGCACGGAUCGAACCAAAUUCAACCUCCGGUCCAUCCAUUCGGUUGGAAGAUACGGAUAAAACAUCUCCUCGAAGCAAAAAGGGAAAUGAAGUUUUGGUAAUAUUACGAUAAUUUAAAAAAAUAUAUUCGUUUACAAUUUAAAUUAAUUUUUGUUUUUAUUCAAAUGAAAAUAAGAAAAAAUGGGUAUAAAAAACAAUGUUUGUUAAUAUGAUCUCCAUAAGCAUUGCCAUAUAUUCUGUACAUAAUUCCAUCUAUGAAUGUCAUAAGAUAACUCAAUGGAAAUCUUAAUUGACGGCUUUGUCAAAUUUCCCCUCCCAGCCAAAAGAAAAUCUUAUGACAUCCGAAUAAAAUCCUGAUGUCAAAAGGUCAUAAGACGUUCUUAUGGAUUUUGCUAGUACUUUUUUCU